GGUGGCAGGGGGCUGCGGAAAGGGGCUGGGCUGGGCUGGGCUGGGCUGGGCUGGCUGCAGCUCUAGUCCAGGAGGCUGAGACUUCGAGAGGGACUGAGAGAAGGUAGACGAAUUCCGGACUCGCUCGAGGACAAGGCUCAGGUCUUGCCAGGCCAACUUGAGACAUGUCUGACACAAGCCAGAGUGGUACGGGUCCAACCCGCGUCCAGACUGAAGCUUCAGAAAAGGACAGCAGCUUGAAGACCCAGACCCUAUUGACAGUGACCCAGAACUUGGAAGUCUCAGAGACACCGAAGGCCUCAAAGGCACCAGUGGUCUCAAAGGCUGUGAAGGUCUCAAAUGCUGCAGGGGUCUCAAAGGCCACAGAGGUCUCAAAGGCCACAGAGGCUCAGGAGGUAACUGCCACUCAGUCCUCACCUACCACUAAGCUGACUGAUACCCAGGUUCUGGCAGCUGAAAGGAAGAGUCUGGCAGCUGACACCAAGAUGCAGAAUGCUGACCCUCAGGCUGUGACAAUGCCUGCUACUGAGACCAAAAAGGUCAGCUGUGUGGCUGAUACAAAGGUCAAUACAAAGGCCCUGGAGACUGAGGCUUCUGCCUCUCAGGCUCCGGGAGAUGAACCUGAGCCUGAGGGUGCAGCUGCCCAGGCUCAGGAGAAUCAGGAUACUCGGCCCAAGGUCAAGGCCAAGAAAGCCCGAAAGGUGAAGCAUCUGAAUGGGGAAGAGGAUGGCAGCAGUGAUCAGAGUCAGGCUUCUGGAACCACAGGUGGCCGAAGGAUCUCAAAGGCCCUAAUGGCCUCAAUGGCCCGCAGGGCUUCCAGGGGCCCCAUAGCCUUUUGGGCCCGCAGGGCAUCAAGGACUCGGUUGGCUGCCUGGGCCCGGAGAGCUUUGCUCUCUCUAAGGUCACCUAAGGCCCGGAGGGGCAAGGCUCGCCGCAGAGCCGCCAAGCUCCAGUCAUCCCAAGAGCCUGAAGCACCACCACCUCGGGAUGUGGCCCUUUUGCAAGGGAGGGCAAAUGACUUGGUGAAAUACCUGUUGGUGAAAGAUCAGACGAAGAUUCCCAUCAAACGCUCAGACAUGCUGAAGGACAUCAUCAAAGAAUACACUGAUGUGUACCCUGAAAUCAUUGAACGAGCAGGCUAUUCCUUGGAGAAGGUAUUUGGGAUCCAGUUAAAGGAAAUUGAUAAAAAUGACCACUUAUACAUUCUUCUCAGCACCUUAGAGCCCACUGAUGCAGGCAUACUGGGAACGACCAAGGACUCACCAAAACUGGGUCUUCUCAUGGUGCUUCUUAGCAUCAUCUUCAUGAAUGGAAAUCGGUCCAGUGAGGCUGUCAUCUGGGAGGUGCUGCGCAAGCUGGGGCUGCGCCCCGGGAUACAUCACUCACUUUUUGGGGAUGUGAAGAAGCUCAUUACUGAUGAAUUUGUGAAGCAGAAGUACCUGGACUAUGCCAGAGUCCCUAAUAGCAAUCCCCCUGAGUAUGAGUUCUUCUGGGGCCUGCGCUCCUACUAUGAGACCAGCAAGAUGAAAGUCCUCAAGUUUGCCUGCAAGGUACAAAAGAAGGAUCCCAAGGAAUGGGCAGCUCAGUACCGAGAGGCAAUGGAAGCAGAUAUGAAGGCUGCGGCUGAGGCUGCAGCUGAAGCCAAGGCAAGGGCUGAGAUUAGAGCUCGAAUGGGCAUUGGGCUCGGCUCUGAGAACGCUGCUGGGCCCUGCAACUGGGAUGAAGCUGACAUUGGACCCUGGGCCAAAGCCCGGAUCCAGGCGGGAGCCGAAGCUAAAGCCAAAGCCCAGGAGAGUGGUGGUGCCAGCGCUGGUGCCAGUGCUGGCAGCAGCUUCAGUGCCAGCACCAGCCUGACUGCCACCCUCACGUUCGGGCUCUUUUCGGGCCUUGGUGGAGCUGGUGCCAGCACCAGUGGCGGCUCUGGUGCCUGUGGUUUCUCCUACAAGUGAGAUUUCAGAUAUUCCUACUCCCAGCAGUCUUUCUCUUCGAGCCAGGGUGCAUCCUCAGAAACCUACUCAACACAGCACUCUAGGCAGCCACUAUCAAUCAAUUGAAGUUGACACUCUACAUUAAAUCUAUUCGCCAUUUCUGA